CUGCUUCUGCGCUCGCCGCUGCCUCCAUUUUGUCGGUAGAGGCAGAAGGAGAAGAUUGGGCAGGAGACACUGGGUGGUCAGCAACUAGCUCAUCGGUGCUCGUGGGCUUUGUUCGAUCCGUGCCUCGUCUCUCCCUGGAAAGGGAGGGAGGCUUCGCCGUCGAAGUUCCGAGCUUGAAGUCGCUAGGGCUUCUCUCAAACCUGUGUGCUGAGGAGACUCAGAUGUUGGCCUCAGCUCCUAGGCUGAACUCAGCAGAUCGGCCCAUGAAAACUUCUGUAUUGAGACAAAGGAAAGGAUCCUUCAGAAAGCAACACCUACUAUCCUGGGCUUGGCAGCAAGGAAGAAGACAGGUAGUGGAAAUCCUACAAUCUGAAAAGCAGACUGAAAGGUGACAAAGAAGCUGAAGAUGGGUGGCGCAGAGAGGUAUAACAUUCCAGCCCCUCAAUCUAGAAAUGUUAGUAAGAACCAACAACCGCUUAAUAGACAGAAGACCAAGGAUCAGAAUUCCCAGAUGAAGAUUGUUCAUAAGAAAAAAGAAAGAGGACAUGGUUAUAACUCAUCAGCAGCUGCAUGGCAGGCCAUACAAAAUGGGGGGAAGAACAAAAAUUUUCCAAAUAAUCAAAAUUGGAACUCUAGCUUAUCAAGUCCCAGCUUACUUUUUAAAUCUCAAGCUAAUCAAAACUAUGCUGGAGCCAAAUUUAGUGAGCCGCCAUCACCAAGUGUUCUUCCUAAACCACCAAGCCACUGGGUUCCUGUUUCCUUGAAUCCUUCAGAUAAGGAAAUAAUGACAUUUCAACUUAAAACCUUACUUAAAGUACAGAUAUAAAAUAACAAAGUAGCAUUUUUAAAACUUGGGUGUUUAUGGAUAGUCAAUUGGUCUGAAACAGAUUCACUAGGGAAUCCUUUUGUGUAGAACUAAUUAAUGUAAAAAAUAUAAUUAGACUUCAUCUCAUUUGCUUUGUGUUGUGUGCACUGUGAUGUAAUGGUAGUAUCAGUGCAGCUUAAAGUAACUAAAUUAAUAAUUGUAUUUGGUAAUAAGUAUUCUCAACUGAGUAUCUUGUAAGUAAAACUACUCAAGUUUAGAUUUUGGGAAUGGUAAAGGAAUCAACUUUUUCUAUUGUUUAUUGGGGGGAAAUAGUAAUUUAAGAUUAUCAUUCAUGGAUCUCACUAGAUUUACUUGAAUUAGUGAAUCAGAUUAUAGGCAUCUAGCUAAGACAUGCAAGGAUUGAAAACUAGUUGAACAUUUAAAAGUUCAAUAUACUAGAAACAGCCACACCAGUAACAUGCCAACAACUUGAUGCACUGCCAAAAGAAAAUGUGAAUUUUUCUUAGUAGUUGCAUUUUAGUAAAUUGUGCAGUGGUGGAUGUGGAAAGGGUACUUGGGGUUUUUUAGAAUCAGGCACAAAAUACCCUGAUGGCCCUAUUUUUUAAUGCAGUGGAUAGGUGUCUGCUAACAAAUGCACCAAAACCAUUUUUUUAUAGAAACAGUAUUUAAUGGUCACUGAAUAGCUUUCAAAAUACAUUUUUGUAUUACAGCACUGCAUAAGCUAUUCUGACAGUGAUCUGGCCUCAUCAUCCCUGCAAAGCUUGCUUAAAGUGGGGAGUUGUAUAAUGUGAAAGUUUUAAGUACCUAUGGAAGAAAGAGCCAUGUAAAUACAUGUAAUAAACUUAUAGCAUAUGUGAAGUUUUCUUGGCCUUUAUCCUACAAAAAUAGAAAUAUUUUAGUAUGAAUUUGCUGAAUAUAAGACCAUGGACUGUUUUUUAUACUAUGGCCUAAUUUUAAAGGUCAAAAAAUAAUUUCUUUUUAAAGUUUGCCCUUGUGCUAAAGUGCCAGUGUGUAUGUUUUAAUUGUUUUGGUUGUAAACUAUAUUUCAAAGUAAAGCCUAGUAGAAGUUUUAUAUUACAACUAAAAAGAUUUAAGCUGCUAAAACACUUCUUAUUUUUAAGAGGUGAAAUGCAGUAUGGGACUAUUUUUUUCCCCUUAAAGCCCAAAGAUAACUAUUAAAGGGUCCCUAAAGAUUCAUUUUGCUUUCAUCAGUUCUUACAACCUAUGAUACAAAGACUGUUUAGUGUAAGGUACCAUUGGUUUUUGUUUGUCAAGAGUAAGUGCAACCCAGGGGACUACUUUAUGCAGAAGAUGUAAUUUCUUGCAUAAUACUUUGAUAACAUGUUUUACCAACUGUAAGAGUAAAUGCUAAAUAUAACAGCUUAACCCAAUAGCAAGUUAAAAAUAUGUGAAUCAGUUAAAAAAUUUGGAUUAAUGUCUUAUUUUCUAAUUUGGCACCUUUUUGAUGUUUAUAAACAGAGUAGCUGUUGUAGUUCUCCAACUAAAUUCAUAAGAAUACUGCCCAAGUCAAAUAUUGAUAUCUUAAAGUUUAUAUAGUACUUAACGCACAUAAUACAAAUUUGAAGCAUGGAAUUUAAAAAUAAAAAUUGUUUUUUCUCCCCA